GAGAGUUGUUAUCUUGCCUUCAGUUUUACAGUCAGUACUAGAUACUCUUCUCUCAUCUCUCUCUCUCUCAUCCCUCUCAUCUCUCUCUCUCUCUCUCUCUCUCUCUCUCUCUCUCUCUCUCUCUCCCCCUCCCUCUCUCACAUCUCUCUCUCUCCAAACUUUUAUAUACAAACUAUGCAACCCCCAACUCUACACUCACUUCUCACCUUUCACUAUGACCAUCUCUCUUUUUCCUCUUUGAUCACUAACACUAUUAUCACUGUUUCAUCAUGUCUGUUUCUGACAUAGAACUUGUGUUGGAGUUCUUGAGGAAAAAUGGUUUGUCUAGCUGUGAAACAGCCCUUAUGGAGGACAUUAUCGAGAAAUCGGAGCUAGGUGGUGUUGAUUUUCAGAGAUUUUUGUUCCCUGUGCUUCCGCCUCCCCCGGAGCUAAAGAUUUUGACUAUAAGGUCGCAUGAGAAGGUCUUGGAUGGUGGUGAUUCUGUUUCGGAUUCGUCGAAUGAUGAGUUUGUCAGCGUUGAUUCUUCUACUACUGAUUUGUAUCCUUCAGAUUUCACAAAUCCGUAUGGAGUUCGUGCUGUGGGAGUGGCAAGUUCUCAAGCCUCAUCAGAUAGAUUGUCACAAUUUGGCACAGCACGGGAUUACCAUGACUUUGAUUUGCAAAAUGACUUGAAUUGGUACAAGCACAAAGAAGACGACUGUGAUACUAUGCCUCCUUGUUUGGGCAGCUCCGACUUUUAUGGCGAACCUAGUGAAGACAAGUUUGUCAUGACUUUUCAGAAGCAGGAUCGAUGUGUAAAUGAUUUGGAUUCUAAACACGAGUUAGAGACAGGUCAAUCAAUCCCAAAAAAUGAUCACGCUGAUGAAUCCUGGUCUUUUCAUCCCAUGGACAGCGUAAAAGCUGAGGUUGAAGUUAAAGAUUACUAUGACUUGGACGAAAGCAGCUACCAUAGAGAUGGAAUCAAGACUGAUAAAAACAGCUAUCUUGAUCAUGCCUUUUAUGGCGGGGAUUCUGAACUAGAGAUUCUCGCGGAUCUCAAAGAAAGCAAUUUUCAGUUUAAGGCAACAGGGAAUAGACCAAAUGAAUAUGUUCUCACUGUGGAGCACGAAACAGAUACCAGCUGCAUUUUUCGAGAUCUUAAGAGCCCCUUGAUAUUAAAUGAUCAGAUUGGUGAGGAAGGUUCCUGUGAAGGUAGAAUAUGUAACUUUGACGGUGAAGACGACAACGAAGUAAAUAAAGAUUCUUAUGAGAAUAAUAUUGCUGGUGAUGAAGGUGGCAGCGCUACUGGUGAUGAGCUUCUUUAUACCGCUAAUGAGGAGGAUUACGAAGUAUUCAAUUUAAGGAUUAUACACAGGAAGAAUAGAACUGGAUUCGAAGAGAACAAAGAUUUUCCUAUUGUUAUGAACACCAUGAUUGCUGGGAGAUAUUACAUUACGGAAUACCUAGGUUCAGCUGCUUUUAGCAAAGUGGUUCAGGCACAUGAUCUUCUAAUGGGAGUGGAUGUGUGCUUGAAGAUCAUUAAAAAUGAUAAAGAUUUUUUUGAUCAAAGUUUAGAUGAAAUCAAACUUCUGAAGUUUGUAAACAAGCACGAUCCUGGUGAUGAACACCACAUUCUCCGUCUUUAUGAUUAUUUCUAUUACCAGGAACAUCUCUUCAUUGUUUGUGAACUUCUGCGAGCAAACUUGUAUGAAUUUCAAAAAUUCAAUAGAGAAUCUGGCGGAGAGCCUUAUUUCAAAAUGAGCAGGUUGCAGACUAUAACCAGACAAUGUUUAGAAGCAUUAGUUUAUUUGCACGGCCUGGGAAUCAUUCAUUGUGACUUGAAGCCUGAAAAUAUACUAGUCAAGAGUUAUCGGAAAUGUGAGAUAAAGGUUAUAGAUCUUGGAAGUAGCUGUUUCCAGAGUGACAACUUGUCCCUGUAUGUGCAAUCUCGGUCCUACAGGGCUCCUGAAGUCAUCCUUGGCCACUCAUAUGACCACAAGAUUGAUCUCUGGUCUCUUGGCUGUAUCUUGGCUGAGCUUUAUUCCGGAGAGGUUCUGUUUCCAAAUGAACCUAUGGUAAUGCUACUUGGACGCAUGAUUGGAAUUCUUGGUCCCAUAGAUAUGGAAAUGUUGGCUACAGGACAAGAUACAGACAAGUAUUUCACGAAGGAAUAUGAUCUGUAUCACAUAAACGAGGAUACAAAUCAACUGGAGUACAUAAUUCCAGAAGAGUCAUCACUCGAGGAUCACCUGCAAAUUUCUGAUGUGGGACUUGCAAAUUUCUUAAGGGAUUUACUCGAAAUAAAUCCAUUAAGACGCAUUACUGCGAGUGAGGCAUUAGAGCAUCCUUGGCUAUCUUAUUCUUAUGAAUCUAGUUUCUGCUGAGUGAACACUUUUUGCGUGGCUACGAAUCAAUAUCUAAAGCAAAUCACGAGCUUUUAUUUUUGUUAACAAAACACCAAUUUACAUGGCUGAGAUCCCCAAUGCCUUUACCGUAUUUUUUAGUGAUCGCUUAAUAUUAAGGCAAUUUUCGAUGACUUUUAGCACUGGGGAAUAUACGGAGAACUGCUAUUUCUUUUCCCAUCCUCUUUCCAAUCCCCCACUCUCCCUUUACCUGCAUUUGUUUCCCUUUUGUGGGAGUGGAUUGGUUUGUAUUUCAAACAAUCAACAAUGGUCCAUGUAUCUAAGAGCAAAGGUAUAAAUUUUUAAAGUACUACUGUUCUUUAUAC